AUGUCUGACUCGGGCGAGGGUGAUGACGAAUUCCAGUUUCUCCGAACGGGUGAUGAAGUGGUCCUGCAGAGCGUUUUUACUUCUCAGGAGGAACAUGUGAAGGUUUGCCUGGCUGCUGAGGGAUUUGGCAGCAGGCUGUGCAGGCUGGAGGCCACCUCCAACUGUAAGAAUGUUCCACCAGACUUGUCCGUGUGCGGCUUAAUUCUGGUCCAGUGUCUGUCUGUGCGAGCUCUGCAAGAGAUGCUGGCACACAGCGAAAGCCUGAUUGUGGAGUGUGAUAUUUCUUGCUGGUCUCUAUUUUCAGUAAAUGUCUUUCAACGUGCUUUACAGGGAGCUGGGGGCAAACACCGCACCCUUCUAUACGGCCAGGCUGUGCUUUUCCAGCAUUCGUACAGCGACAUGUAUCUCAGCUGCUUAUCUGCAUCGCAGUCCUCCACUGACAAGCUGGCUUUUGAUGUGGGCCUGCAGGAAGAUGAAGCGGGUGAGACCUGUUGGUGGACAGUGCAUCCGGCUUCCAGGCAGAGGUCAGAGGGGGAGAAAGUGCGUGUUGGGGAUGACCUCAUUCUGGUUAACGUGUCCUCGGAGAGAUAUCUGCACGUGUCCUUUGGCGCGACCUGCGACAACAGAGGCUUGGCCGACACUCUGAUUGUGGAUGCGGCCUUCCGCCGCUCUCUGUGGAGCAUCGCUCCCGUCUGCUCCGCAAGUGGACUUGCUCCAGGAUACCUGAGAGGUGGCGAAACGCUCAGGCUUCUCCACAGCCACACCGACGCAUGUCUGACGAUUCCCGCGGCGGAGCGAGAUGAAGAGCUGCAAAGGAUAAUGCAGUAUGAGAUAGGAGCCGUGUGCGGACACGCCCGCUCUCUGUGGAGGCUGGAGAACUUGCAUGUGGUGUGGAGCGGCAAACACGUGUGCUGGGGGCAGCCCUUUCGACUCUGUCAUGUGACCACCGGACGCUAUCUUGGCCUGAGCGACCAACGAGGCCUCCGUCUGCUCGAUCGGGAGAAAGCAGACGUUAGCGCGACUGCCUUCUGCUUCCGCUCUGCCAAGGAAAAGCUGGACUGUGGAAGAAAAAGUCACGUGGACGGCAUGGGCUCCCCAGAAAUCAAAUACGGAGACUCCGUGUGUUACCUUCAGCAUGUCGACUCUGGUCUGUGGCUCACCUACCGAGCCAUGGAUAGCAAGUCUGCGUGUGUGGGAGGAGCUCAGCGGAAGGCAAUCUUGCACAGUGAGGGUCACAUGGACGACGGGUUGACGCUGUCUCGGUCUCAGAGGGAAGAAUCCCACACUGCCAGCCUCAUACAUGGCGCAACGCUCCUCUUCACUACUUUUAUCAGGAAACUGGAUUCUUGUCAUGGGCAAGGAAACGUGGAGCCCAUCGUUUUACCAGUGACGAAUGUGACUCGCGGCCUUCAAGACCUCAUAAGCUUUUUCCAGCUGCCACCAGAGGAGCAGAGCCAGGAGUCUCGACAAAACAGCCAAACCGUGUUAAAGAGUCGGCAGAACAUGUUUCAAGAAGAGGGAGUGAUCGAGUUGGUACUGGAGUCUAUUGAGCGUCUCCAUCGCUCUAGUCAGGCUGCCAAUCAAAACUGGGAGAACGUCCUUGGGCAUUUUUAUCAGCUUCUGGCCUCGCUUAUUAGGAGAAACCGCGCAAACUGCGCACAUUUCUCGAGUUCGCUCGACUGGCUCAUUAGCAGGCUGGACCAACUGGAGGCCUCUUCUGGAGUUUUGGAGGUUCUGCACUGCGUUUUGGUGGAAAGUCCCGAAGCACUAAAUGGCAUCAAAGAGGGACACAUCCGCUCGAUCAUUGCUUUUCUAGACAAGCAUGGAUGCAACCACAAGGUGUUGGAGGUGCUUUGUUCUUUGUGCGUGUGCCAUGGCGUUGCCGUGCGCGCCAAUCAGAACCUCAUCUGUGAAAAUCUACUGCCCGAGAGAGACUUGCUGCUGCAAACUCGGCUGGUUAAUUGGGUCACCAGCGUGAGGCCCAACAUCUUCCUGUCUCUGGGGGAAGAUUCAGCGCAGCCCCGCCGGUGGUACUAUGAGCUCGUGGUGGAUCACGUAGAGCCUUUCCUCACGGCGGAGCCCACGCACCUGCGCGUCGGCUGGGCCCGAAGCGACGGCUACCGGCCCAGACCCACUGGAGGAGAGGGCUGGGGGGGCAAUGGCGUGGGAGAUGACCUCUGCUCCUUUGGCUUUGAUGGCCUUCACUUAUGGGCAGGUUGCGUGGGGCGCAGAGUGCGCUCGCCCUUCCCUCACCUGCUGACGGACGACGACGUGGUUAGCUGCUGCGUGGACCUCAGCGCCCCUUGUAUUUCAUUUCGGGUCAACGGUCUCCCCGUGCAGGGCAUGCUGGAGAACUUCUGCAUGGAUGGACUUCUUCAUCCCGUAGUCAGCUUCUCACCCGGAGUGAAGGUUCGGUUUCUCUUUGGAGGGGAACACGGCGAGUUUCGAUUUCUUCCCCCGCACGGUUUUGUGCCAUGUUCUGAGGCUCUCCUCCCGAACGUCAAGCUGACGGUAGAAGCGUGCCAUAAGUACCUCUUGACUUACGAAGACGGGAAACGAGAGCUCAUUGGCCCGUUUGAGCCAAUUAGUCCGGUUACUUUCACUCCCUCACCGGUAGACAUCAGCAAGGUGGAACUGCCGCUGCAAUUCGAGGAUAUCCGUGAUAAAAUGGCCGAGAACAUCCAUGAACUGUGGGUCAUGGAAAGGGUUGAUCUCGGCUGGUCUCAAGGAAAUGAGCGAGACGAAGGGAAGCGACUCGAGCCCUGUCUGGUGGAGUUCUCUAUGAUGCCCGAUCAGGAGAGACACCAGAACCUCCAGACUGCCCAGGACACCUUAAGGACUCUCCUUGCUCUUGGUUUCCAUAUUGGCUUCAGAGAUGAACAUACAGUGGAGGGAAUCCACUUCACGAGACUCUCCAACAGGUACGAGCAGCCAGGUGGCUACAGACCGGCCCCGCUAGAUGUGAGCCAUGUUGUUCUCAGCACCGCCCAUGAGGAAGCGAUCCACUUGUUGGCGGAGAAUGAGCACAACCUCUGGGCCAGUGAGCGUAUCAAGCAAGGAUGGACUUAUGGUGCUCAACAGGAUGGUAACUCAAAGCGGAGCCCAGAUCUUGUGCCCUACAGCCUGCUUGAUGAGAGGAGUAGAAAAAUGGGACAAAAAGCUGGUAGGGAGGCAGUUUGCACCCUGUUGGCCUACGGUUACAGCUUGGAGACCCUCCACCAGGAAAAGAUCAUUUUAUCAAACAGCUGCUUCUUCUCCAGCGAAAAGCGCCGAGUGUUCCGAGCAGAUAAAUCUUUUGCCGUGACUCGGGGGAAGUGGUACUUUGAAUGCGAACUGGUCACUGCGGGGAAUGUGAGAGUCGGCUGGGCCCGGCCUGGCUGCUCCCCCGAUAAAGAGCUGGGCUCAGAUGACCAGGCGUUUGUGUUUGAUGGAUUUGAGGCUCGGUGGUACCAUCAGGGUGGAGAGCCUCUGGGACGUGCCUGCAAGCGGGCGGAUGUGGUGGGUUGUUUGCUGGACACGAGCGAAAGCACCAUGAUGCUCACGCUCAACGGAGAGUUGCUCUUUAAUGACCGAGGAUCAGAGCUGGCCGCCAAGGACUUUGACGUCAGAGAUGGCUUGCUCCCCGUGGUCAGUGUGGGCGUGAACCAGGUGGUGAGGCUGAACCUCGGCCGCCAAGAGGGCUCGCUGCGGUACUUUAGUGUGUGCGGUCUACAGGAGGGUUAUGAGCCUUUUGCUUUCAAUAUGGCUCGAGAUCCAUCCCUGUGGAUGAGUUGGAAACGUGCUCAGUUUAAAUCCAUACUGCCAGAUCACCCCACUUUACAGGUCAGUAGAGUCACUGGCUCAAAGGAUUCCUCGCCGAGCCUUAGGGUCUCACAACGGUUGCCGGCACGCAACGGCGGAGACAGCGAAAUGGGCUUUUACCGGCUCAGCAUGUCCAUCCAGUGCGCCGCUGUCCUCACCGGCCCAGUUGAGGGCGUGCUGCCGGUGGCAUCCGGUUGUUUUUCACCAGUUAGGAAAGAAGAGGAGGAGGUGGACUCCGACUUUGAAGUGUUGAUGAAGUCGGCCCACAGUUUUGCAACUUCAAGAGACGAGCCUGAGUACAAGGAUCACGCUCAGGACAAAACGUCACGACUCAAGCAACGGUUCAUGCUGAAGCGAAACAAACCAGGCCUGGUCAGCAGCAACUCCUCUGCUCGACUCCUGGAGGAUGUCCUCGUUGACAAAGAUAACACUGAUCACCUCAUUCAGACCACCAGAUACUACUAUUCGGUGAGAGUCUUGCCAAACCAGGAGCCUUUCAACGUGUGGGUGGGCUGGGUGACACCUGAUUUUCACCCGAACGACAUGACGUUUGACAUUGACGAUGACCUCACAGUGACCGUCACCCUCGGAGACGACACUGGCAAAGUCCAAGAGAGUGUGAAGAGGAGUAACUGUUACAUGGUCUGCGCCGGAGAGGCCACAGGUUUGUCACGCAGCCGGAGGAGUGCCGGCUUGGAAAUCGGUUGCUUGAUUGACACGGGCGCCGGGCUGCUGACGUUUACCUCCAGCGGCGUGGAGAUGUCCACCUUCUACCAAGUCGAGGCCAAUACAAGGCUGUAUCCUGCCGUUUUCAUUCGACCUACCACUAGCAACAUGUUUCAAUUUGAACUGGGAUGCAUUAAGAAUGUGAUGCCGCUGUCAGCCGGCUUGCUUCGCAGCCUUCGAACGACGAGCGCACCUCAGUGCCCGCCCAGGAUUCAGGUGCAGCAUCUGAGUCCGAUCUCAUGGACGCGAGUGCCUGACAGAUCACCGACGGUGAUGCUGGAGCGUCCCGAUGAACGCCACGGCUGGAGAGUCCAAUGCCUUGAGCCGCUUCAAGUAUUGACCCUCCAAAUCCCCAAUGAAAGCAGGUGCGUGGACAUUUUGGAGCUGUCUGAGCUGGAUGACAUCUUGACCUUUCAUUACCACACUCUCCUCCUCUACUGCGCUUUAUGCGCCCUGGGCAACGCAAGAGUGUGCCAUGCCAUCUGCAGCCACGUGGAUCAGUCGCAGUUCCUUCACGCCAUUCAGAGUCCAUACCUGCCUGGCCCGCUGCGCUCUGCUUUUUAUCAGCUUCUUGUGCAGGUUCACCUCAGCAGCAAUGCCAAUGCACGUCUCAUGAUGAACCACGAAUACAUCGUCCCUCUGUCGGACCAAACCAGAGACGUCAGCCUUUAUCCAACCAAUGGCGACGACGGGAGAAAAUGUUCACUUCCUCUCUGCAUCCCGAGCAUGAGCAGAAGCGCUUCCCUGAAACCACCAAUGCGCUUCUCCAGGCCUUGUUUUGUCACCAUUGAUGUGAUGGGACGGGAAGUCACCUGCAGUGACAGUCCUGAAAUCCCUCUGGAGAUUCUGAAGAGCCUGACAGUGGACAUGCUGACUGCAGCCGUGUGGGCUGUGCAUCGCGGUGUCAGAGACCCUGUAGGUGGCAGUAUGGAGCUUCUGCUAGUUCCCCUCAUUAAGUUGUUUCACACUCUUCUGGUGAUGGGGCUGCUGACUGAUGACGACCUGGCUAAAGUUCUCCAACUAAUGGAACCUGGAGUCUUCUCUACAGAGGAAGAAGAUGAAAGAGAGCUGGGAGAUCACUUGAAUUGUGCUCAACAGGGACUGCUGCAAAUGAAACUUCCAGAAACAGUCAAACUUGAGCUAUGCAACGUGCUGAGCUACCUGUGUGAUCUUCAGGUGCGCCACAGGGUCGAAGCCGUGGUAGCCUUCUCAGAAAACUUUGUUGGGCAACUGCAGGAGAACCAGCGCUUCCGCUACAAGCAAGUCAUGCAGGCGCUCAACAUGUCCGCUGCUCUCACCGCCCGCAAGACCAAAGAGUUCCGCUCACCUCCCCAAGAGCAGAUCAACAUGCUUCUGAGCUUCAAAGAUGACAACCAGCAGGAGAAAAGUCCGUGUCCGGUGGAAACCCAACGGCUCCUGCGAGACUUCCACCAGCUUCUCAAAUCCCACUGUGGUAUUGAAUUAGACGGUGGCUCGGAAGAAAACGAGCCUGUCGAGACGUCGGUACGGGAUCAACUUUUAAGCCUGGGGGCCAGAGUUCUUGGAUUGAAGAAGACGGCCACACCAGUGGAGGAAAAUGAACCGCUGAGUCACAAGUCCCUGAAGAUUUUGAUCUCAGAAACAAUGCUGCGCUGGGCUCAAGAGAUGGAAAUGGAAGAUACCGGCCUGGUCAGGGCUGUCUUCUCAUUGCUGCACCGCCAAUAUCAGGGUCUUGCCGGGCAAAUGGCGUCGGCUCUUUCCAAAGCUUACACAAUUAGCCAAGCCUCCGUGGAGGACACCAUGACCUUGCUGUUCUCUUUGGGCCAAAUCCGCUCGUUACUCAGCGUCCGGAUGGGGAAUGUCGAGGAAAAGCUGAUGAUCAGAAGACUAGGAGACAUCAUGAACAAUAAGGUUUUCUACCAGCACCCCGAUCUAAUGAGGGCGUUGGGCAUGCACGAGACAGUCAUGGAGGUGAUGGUCAAUGUUCUUGGGGAGAAGGAAUCCAAGGAGAUUUCCUUUCCAAAGAUGGUGGCCAGCUGCUGUCGAUUCCUUUGUUAUUUUUGCCGCAUCAGCCGACUCAACCAGGGAGCGCUUUUUGACCACCUCAGCUACCUGUUAGAAAACAGCAGCGUUGGACUCGCUUCACCAUCAAUGCGCGGGGCCACCCCUCUGGAUGUGGCAGCAGCCUCAGUCAUGGACAAUAAUGAGCUGGCCCUCGCUUUGAGGGAGCCUGAACUAGAAAAGGUGGUGCACUGCCUUGCCCGCUGCGGUCUGCAAAGCUGCUCACUGCUUGUGGCCAAAGGCUACCCUGAUAUUGGAUGGAACCCCGUGGAGGGAGAGCGUUACCUGAAUUUUCUACGUUUUGUCGUUUUCUGCAAUGGCGAAAGUGUGGAGGAGAACGCGUACUUGGUGUUGAGGUUGCUGAUUCGUCGGCCCGAAUGUUUCGGUCCGGCCCUGCGAGGUGAUUGCGGACACGGCCUCCUAGCGGCCAUGAAAGAGGCCAUCAGCAUAUCGGAGGAGUCGUCUCUAAAUGGACCCUGCAUGGCUCACCACGAUACUGUCCAGGAUGGUGAGGAAGACCCCAUUCAUAUGGGCCACGCCAUCAUGACCUUCUACUCGGCCCUUAUUGAUUUGCUGGGACGCUGUGCUCCAGAGAUGCAAUUGAUUCAAAGAGGCCAACUGGAAGCCGUCCGCAUACGGGCCAUUCUGAGGUCACUCAUCCCCAUCCAGGAUCUUGAGGGAGUCAUCAGCAUCUCCUUUCAAGCCCCAUCGCUGUCAAAAGAUGGUUCGAUGCUGGAGCCCGACUUAUCAACCGUCUUUUGCCCGGAUCACAAAGCAGCUAUGGUUCUGUUUGUGGACCGAGUGUACGGCGUGGACACGCAGAGUUUUCUCCUCCGCCUCCUUCAAGAUGGCUUCCUGUCUGACCUUCAGAUGGCCAUCUCUCUCGACACCGAUGAUUUUGGGUCCACUGACAUGGCCUUGGCCAUCAAUAGAUACUUAUGCUCAGCUGUGCUUCCGCUCCUCACCAAGUGUUCCGCCCUUCUCCACGGUUUGGAGGACCGCGUCGGCCUUAUGGAUUCUCUCAUCCAGGCCGUCUACAGUCUCUCCAGGGCCUCAAGCCUAACCAAAGCCCAGAGGGACACAAUUGAGGAUUGUUUGUUAGCUGUGUGCAGCAAACUCCAUCCGACUAUGAUACAGCCUCUUCUUCGCCGUCUUGUCUUUGACGUUCCCACUCUCACAGACCAAAGCAAGAUAGCAAUAAAGCUUUUGAGCAGGCAUUAUGAGCAGAGAUGGAAAUACUACUCUUUAAGUGGCGGGCAAGGGAAGCAGAGCCUGGCCUCUGAUGAGGAGCUGCACUUAUCGCUGAAGCUCUUCUGGGUCAUCUUUAAGGCGUUGGCGAAGAAGCAAUAUGAGCCAGAGUUAUCCAAAUUGUGUGUCCACUGCCUGGGUGCGAUGGCUGAGGCCCUUCCUCCUGACCAUUUGGACCCAUCCAGUACGUCCCAAAUGGACCAAAACACAGAUGGAAACUUUGACCCGCAACCUGUAGAAACCUCAACCGUGUCUGUGCCGGAGGGACUGGAGUUUGUGGUCAACAAAUACGCUGAGCACACUCAUGAGAAGUGGUCGCUAGAUAAGUUUGCCAACGGCUGGGUUCAUGGGGAGCAGCUCUGCGAGAACACCAAAGUUCAUCCCCUCCUCAAGCCCUACAGGGCCUUGGCUGAAAAGGACAAAGAAGCAUACCGCUGGGCCAUUAAGGAGACGAUAAAAAGUAUGCUGGCCUUCGGGUGGACUAUUGAGCGCACCGGGGAAGGAGAAGCCUUUGGCUUGCACACAUGCGUGAGAAGAAUUUCGCAGUCCGGUCAGUUGUCUUUUGAAGGGGCGUCCACCUUCACCCCUAAACCCUUUGACACCAGUAGCAUUACCUUAUCAUGGGAUCAGUGUGCUAUGGCUGAAAAGUUAGCUGAAAACUACCACAAUUCUUGGGCUAAGAGGAAGAAACUUGAACAAGAGAGUAAAGGGGGACGUGGGCAUGCGGCCGUCGUGCCCUUUGACAACCUGACUGCGAAGGAAAAGAGCAAAUUCCGGCAGAGAGCCCAGGAUGUGCUCAAAUUCCUUCUGCUCAACGGCUACACGGUGUGGAGGGAUGGACGGCAAGCUGAUCUGGAUUUUCCAGUCACAGCCAACUGUUUUGGCCACACUCUACUCCAGCGCUUGCUGUUUUAUGCAGAGGAUGCUCAAGAACACAUGUUGGAGCGAGAGGUGAUGCAAGCCAGACGACAGACCUCAAAAGGCGAUAGAGCGUCACACCAGCACCCCGUUCCAUUCUUCCUCAAGGUUGUCAUUCCACUUUUGGAAGAAUAUGUGAUAGGCCACCGACUGUACUUCCUGUCUGUGUCGCGCUCUUCGGACACCAACAGAAGCCAUGCGUCCACCAAGGAAAAAGAAAUGAUUACCAGACUCUUUUGUAAAAUUGCAGCUCUAGUAAGACACAGGCCCUUUCUUUUUGGAAAUGAAACUUCAACUGUCACAAGCUGCCUCCAUGCUUUGGCCCGGGCGUUGGAUGCCAGGACUUUAAUGAAGUCAGCCCCAGAGUCCGUCCAGCAGUCUCUGUAUUCCUUCUUCCAAGCAGCGGCGUCUGAUCUCGAGGCAACCAUGGAAAACCUCUCGACCACUUUGCUCUCGUUGCCUCAGUGUCGCAGUCAACAGGCGAAAGGCGUGGCUGAGGUUCUCGGCUACACAACCUCCGUGCUCCUCCCUGUGCUCACGUCGCUUUUCCAGCAUCUUGCCAGCCACAAUUAUGGCGUUGACCUCCUGGUGGGAAGCGUGCAAGGGUCCUGUUACAGGAUCGUUAACAGCCUCUACUGGCUCGGCACCAGCGGCGGCGCCGUCUACAUGGAGGGGCAGAGGUCAGCAGCAGGUGCUUGUCUCGCAGCGCUGACUGCUGCCUUUCCUGUCUGCUUCCUGGGGCCACCCAUCAAUCAAAACCACCACAGCACAAUGUGGAAACCUGAAAGAGAUGGUGAUAUAUUAAAAACGACACAUUGUUCAGACGUGGGGUUACCACUUGACGUGGAAGCAACAUGCCCCCUUCUGCCCUCUUUGGAGGAAGCGAUGGGGGAAGCGCAGGAGUUGACGGAUGCCGGCGCUGCUGCCGGGCAGGCCCAAUAUGGCCACGUCACAGACGUCACAUUGCCGAUGCUUUGCGCUUAUUUGUCCCGCCGGCGGUCAGACGGCCCGCUCCUCACCUCGCUAACUCCUCAGCACGCCAGCGACCUGCUGGGCCACAUUCUCCGAAUCAUCCACAACCACGUGGGGGCAAGCCAGGGUGACUGGAUGAAGCAGCUGGCAGUCCAUUCCCAGCCGAUCAUCUGCAAAGCCCGCGCUGAGCUGCUGAAGAGCCACUUCCUUCCUCUCAUGGACAAGCUGAGGAAGAGGGCGGAAAGUGUGCUGCUUGAGGAGGAGCGGAUGAAAGCAGAAGAUGAUGCUGCGUCGGAAGCAGAACUGCACAUACAAGAAAAGUUCAGCGUACUCGUGCGAGACCUCUACGCCUUCUAUCCCCUCCUCAUCCCCUUCGUGGACUCCAAUCGGGCCCGUUGGCAGCAAGAGUCAAACCCGGAUGCUGAGCGGCUGUUCAGCAUGGUGGCGGAGGUCUUCAUUUUCUGGGCCAAAUCUCAUAACUUCAAGUGGGAGGAACAGAACUAUGUGGUCCAAAACGAAAUCAACAAUUUGGCAUUCUUACUCAACGACAAGACGUCAAAGCUUGACUACCAGAAAAGGAGGAUAAAGAGGAAGGGCGAUCGUUAUUCCGUACACACCUCCCUCAUUGUGGCUACCGUGAAGCGACUUCUCCCGGUGGGACUCAGGGUUUGUUUUCCCACUGACGAGAGUCUCAUCACGACGGCGAAGAGCGCUUUCGCUCAGAAGAACACUGAAGAUGAGAUUCGUGACCGUGUGUAUAAAUACCUUUUACAUUCUCGUGAUCAGUCAUCAAUAAACUCGCUGAGAAGCAACCUGAAUUCAGAAACCCAGAAUACUCUUUACGCCACUGCUGACUUGGAGACAACCGUGGACAAGGUGGUGGGACUCGCCCGUGUCCUUCAUUACCUCGACCAGGUGGAACACCCACACAAGUAUAAAAAAGGAACACGGCACAAAGUCUUGUCCAAGCAGAGAAAGCAAGCAGUGGUGGCUUGUCUGAGGAUGGCUCCUCUUUACAACCUGGCCAGGCACAGAGCUGUCAACCUGUUCCUCCAAGGCUACAACAAAUCCUGGAUAUUAGAUGAGGAGCACACUUUGGAGGAGAAGCUUGUGGAGGAUUUGGCUAAACUCAGCGAGACAGAACUAACGGGAGGAAGACGAGAAGAGAAAAGAGACGGUGCCAAAUUGGUGGAUCCCCUCCUACAGCUCAUCACGCUCUUCAGUUGCAGUGCCUUGAUGGAAAGGAGUGAUCUUGGAAUUGACUGGCUUUAUGUUUCUUACGUGGAGAUAAUGGCCAAGAGCUGCCAUAACGAAGAUGACGACGAGGAGCAGCAAGAGCUGCAAAGUUUUGAAGAGAAAGAGAUGGAGAAGCAGAAGCUGCUGUACCAGCAGGCCAGGUUGCACCUUCGCGGCGCUUCCGAGAUGGUCUUGCAAAGUAUCAGUGCCAGCAGAGGAACUAUGGGCUCCACGAUUGCGCCAACACUCAAGUUGGGCAUUGCUGUUCUACAUGGAGGAAACGCCACCGUUCAGCAGAAAAUGCUGAAUUAUUUGAGGGCAAGACGAGAUGUGGGCUUCUUUCAGAGCAUGGCCGGACUCAUGCAGUCGUGUAGUGUACUGGAUCUGAACGCAUUUGAGCGACAGAACAAAGCUGAAGGAUUAGGCAUGGCCACGGAUGAGCGCUCAGGUAAGAAGGUGAUGCCUGAUGAAGAGCUCACCUGCGACCUGUUCCGUUUUCUACAGUUGCUUUGCGAAGGACACAACUCAGAGUUCCAGAAUUACUUGCGAACGCAGACAGGAAACAAUACAACCGUCAACAUGAUCAUCUCCACUGUGGAUUAUCUACUAAGAAUACAGGAGUCUAUCAGUGACUUCUACUGGCACUACUCUGGAAAGACGGCCAUUGACACGCAAGGCCAACGCAAUUUUUCUAAGGCUAUCAAAGUGGCUAAGCAGGUCUUCAACACACUCACCGAAUACAUACAGGGCCCGUGUAAUGGAAACCAGCAGAGUCUGGCUCACAGUCGUCUGUGGGAUGCCGUGGUGGGAUUCCUUCACGUCUUUGCUCAUAUGCAGAUGAAGCUCUCCCAGGAUUCACGACAAAUAGAGCUCCUAAAAGAGCUCAUGGACUUACAAAAGGACAUGGUUAUCUUCUUGCUGUCCAUGUUGGAAGGGAAUAUCGUAAACGGAACCAUCGGAAAGCAGAUGGUGGAUAUGUUGGUGGAAUCGUCGAGCAACGUGGAGAUGAUCCUCCAAUUUUUCGACAUGUUCCUCAAACUUAAAGACCUCACGGCUUCGGACGCCUUUCACCAGUUUGACCCCGAUGGCAAAGGCCGCAUCUCCAGGAAGGACUUCCAGAAAGCCAUGGAGCUCUCCAAGCAGUUCUCACAAGCCGAGACUCAUUUCCUCCUCUCCUGUGCGGACACGGACGACGGGGAAAUCCCGGAUUACCGAGCUUUUGUGGAUCGCUUCCACGAGCCGGCCAAAGACAUCGGCUUCAGCAUCGCCGUGCUGCUCACCAAUUUGUCCGAGCACAUGCCCAAUGACUCGAGGCUGCGAGCCUUCUUGGAGCUGGCCGAGUGCGUCUUGACUUACUUCCAACCCUACUUAGGCCGUAUCGAGAUCCUCGGUGGCGGCAAGCGCAUAGAGCGCGUCUACUUUGAGAUCAGCCAAUCCAGCCGCAUGCAGUGGGAGAAGCCGCAGGUGAAGGAGUCCAAGCGGCAGUUCAUUUUCGACGUGGUCAACCAAGGCGGCGAGAAAGAGAAAAUGGAGAUGUUUGUCAACUUCUGCGAAGACACAAUUUUCGAGAUGCAGCUGGCGGCUCAGAUCUCUGGCUCUGACAACGGAGAGCGACACGGGGGAGAAGACGAGGAGGAAAGCGAAGAACAAGAACUGGACAAGAAGGGAAUGUUUUUCAUUUCUUUUAAAAAGUUUCGCGCUCUGACCAGAAUGAGCCUGAAGGAUGUCCUCCUGUCAUCCGUCGCAUUCCUCAGAUUCCUUUUCAUGACUUUGCUCGGGUGCCUUUGCUUCAUUGUGAGCGGCGCUAGCCGCGGCCUAUACGUAGCUUUUGUCAAUGGCGGCAUUGUGGAGGGAGCCAAAAUGAUGACCGUGUACGACCUCCUUGGUGGUAUUCUCGAACCGACGCUUGAUGAGGUCACAGAGGUAACGAGCGGCGCCGAGCGGCCGAGGCGGCCCUCCACCGCUCUCUCCCCUCGGCGGCAGAGCGGCCAGACGGCGGCCGUGACCUCCGCCAGGGGGACUGAUGUACUGUCUGACAUAUUUGGCCUCAAAGUGAAAAGAGACGGAGGACAAUACAGGCUCGCCACACAAGACGUGACGAGCAGUCCCUUGGAUCUGCGCAAUCCCAAUGAUGUGACGUUUUCUGACCGACGUCAGGGGCUGCAGCUCAAGGCUCAUGAGGCUGGAGAGGAAAAAGCUGAAGAUGAGAUGAUGUCUGAAUCAGAUAAAUGGGAGACAUGCGAGGAAACGACAGCGAAGGAGGAUGGACGGAAAGCCAAGAGACUCUCGAAUAAAUCAGAGGAAGCAGGAUGCCAGCGUUCCGCUUUCGGCGAGAUGAUAAGUGUUCAUCACAAGAGCCUGCUGAAUUACUUUGCCAGGACGUUUUAUAACAUGCGUUUGCUGUCCCUCUUUGUCACCUUUGCCAUCAACUUCAUUCUCCUCUUUUAUAAGGUGGUAUCUUUGCGUUCGUCACCUGAAUCGGAAGUUGACUCAGUGCCAGAGGGAGAUGAGGGCGGAGUUGAUUAUGUUUUGGAAGAAAGCAGCGGUUACAUGGAGCCGUCGCUUCACCUCCUGGCGGUGGUGCACACGCUCAUCUCCUUCUCUUGCAUUAUCGGUUACUACUGCCUCAAGGUCCCGCUGGUGAUCUUCAAACGGGAGAAGGAAGUGGCCCGAAGACUUGAGUUUGAUGGCCUGUAUGUGACCCAGCAGCCCCCGGAGGAGGACAUUAAAGGCCAGUGGGAUCGACUGCUCAUCAACACUGUGUCGUUUCCAAGUAAUUACUGGGACAAGUUUGUUAAAAGAAAGGUGAUGGACAAAUAUGGUGACUUUUAUGGCCGGGAGACGAUCAGUGAACUUCUUGGUUUGGACCAGGCGUCCUCAGACUUCAGCUCUGAUGGAACGGAGAGGAACAAGUUCGGAAAAGAAGCUGCCUGGGUCACACUAUUCAGCUCCAUUGACGUCAAGUACCAGAUGUGGAAACUUGGAGUUGUUCUCACUGACAAUUCCUUCCUCUAUUUGGCCUGCUACAUGGCCAUGUCCGUUCUGGGACAUUAUAACAAUUUUUUCUUCGCGGCCCAUCUUCUGGACAUCGCCAUGGGAAUCAAGACUCUUCGCACCAUCCUCUCCUCUGUCACACACAAUGGAAAGCAGUUGGUGCUGACCUUGGGCCUCCUGGCUGUGGUGGUCUACCUCUACACGGUGGUGGCCUUCAACUUCUUCCGUAAAUUUUACGACAAGAGUGACGACAAGGACGGCCCGGACAUGAAGUGCGACGAUAUGCUUACUUGCUACAUGUUCCACAUGUACGUGGGGGUGCGAGCGGGAGGGGGCAUCGGCGAUGAGAUCGAGGACCCCGCCGGCGAUGACUCUGAGGUGGAACGGAUCGUCUUUGACAUCACCUUUUUCUUUUUUGUGGUCGUCAUUUUGCUGGCUAUCAUUCAAGGCUUGAUAAUUGAUGCCUUUGGGGAGCUGCGUGACCAGCAAGAGCAGGUGAAAGAAGAUAUGGAGACCAAGUGUUUUAUUUGUGGAAUAGGAAACGAGUACUUUGAUAAAGUUCCUCAUGGUUUUGAGACUCAUACUCUGCAGGAGCACAACUUGGCCAACUAUCUAUUCUUCUUGAUGUACCUCAUUAACAAAGACGAAACGGAACACACAGGACAGGAAUCUUAUGUGUGGAAAAUGUACCAGGAACGUUGCUGGGAAUUCUUUCCUGUGGGAGACUGUUUCCGUAAGCAAUAUGAAGAUCAGCUGGGAUGAAAGGAAACCCGAGUCUUCCUAGUUCAAGUCAUCGAUGUCUGGAUGAACUGGAGCUCGGUGUGCACACUAUCGAUUUUGGACUUUGAUGUCAUUUGCCUUCACACGUCAUAAUGUAAUCAUAUGACAAAAAAUCAGCACCAUCGUGUAUCUUUUA